UGACUCGGCGCAUGCGCACUGAGAGGAUCCCGGGGAAAAUCUCCUUCGAAAUUGCUCAGAAAGGAGGCUGUAAAUAUGAGAUCUAGAAGUUGUAGCGGGUGGUUUAGAAAAAAUGCAAUUUUGAGAUCGAAUUCGAUUGUGACGCAGUUGAAAUUGGCUUUCCCCACAGCACCCUAUCACGCUUACGUCCUGACGCAAGCGCGCGGCCGCCUUCCGCACUGCGGGCUCGUCCUUGGCACUAACUAGUCAGGUUCCUGGAGUAUGCGCAGUCGCCUUCCCGGGCACGCCUGCGUUGGGCGUAGGUCAAGAUGGCAGCAUCUGUAUUGAGCACGUUUCUGAGGCGGCUUCCUAGCUUUUCGCCCUUCAGAAGUGCCUACGGAGUUCAGGUAUCCCUUCAGGCUCUUUGUACCAAAGCCUCCCCUGUGGAAGAUUCUUUGCCCCUGGCUCCCAUUUCUCCUUAUGAGGAUGAACCCUGGAAAUACCUGGACUCAGAAGAAUACCAGAACCGCUAUGGCUCUCGCCCUGUCUGGGCUGACUACCGUCGCAACUACAAAGGUGGUGUACCCUCACAGCGGACUCGAAAGACGUGUAUCCGUGGGAAUAAAGUUGCUGGAAACCCUUGCCCCAUCUGCCGGGAUCACAAGUUGCAUGUUGACUUUAGGGAAUUUCCAAAUUUGACCAUCGUUGGUUUUUUGCCGAAAGGCCUGGCUUUAGAACCUAACCCCUGCGGAAGAGAAUUCUCCAACGUGAAGCUCUUGGAACAGUUUGUCUGCGCCCACACGGGUAUCAUUUUCCACGCUCCGUACACAGGAGUCUGUAGGAAGCAGCACAAGAAGUUGACCCAGGCCAUCCAGAAAGCCAGGGAUCAUGGUCUUCUCAGUUACCACAUUCCCCAGGUUGAACCCCGUGACCUUGACUUCAGUACUUCUCAUGGAGCUGUGAGUAGUACUCCACCAGCCCCCACCCUGGUUUCAGGAGACCCUUGGUAUCCGUGGUACAGAUGGAAACAGCCCCCAGAGAGAGAGCUGUCCCGCCUCCGCCGGCUCUACCAGGGCCACCUCCGAGAAGAGAGUGGCCCCCCACCUGAGAGAAUGCCCGAGGUGCCCCCCACAGCUCCAACUGAAGCCUCCCUCAUGGAUCAGGCGGGACCCCUGAGUGCUCUGUAGGAGCUGCAGCAGACUGGGAGGGGAGGCUAAGGGACACUAGUACCAAGGAAUUACAUAAUGGGGACAGAUACUAGUCCAUGUCACCCCAAAGAGUUGUGUCUGUUUUGUAACUAGUGGCAGACCUGGGGCUGGAGAAAGGAAAUGAUUGUGGUUGAAGGGGAUAAAUACACCUGAGACUGAAGGAUGUACAGAUGGGUAUGGGAAACCUCAGCCCUUCAAUUGUAAAUAGAUGGGUUGAAUAUUCUGUGCUUUCAGACUUCUGCCAACUUGGCUUUUCCACAAUAAAGCUCUUUGUCUUUCCUGUU